UUAAGCAGGGACAAAGUAAGUGUAGUUAGUGCUUGUGGGGUUCGGUGGAAGUGGAGGAGCAGAGUAGAGAAGAAGUGAAUAAUAUUUGUGAGUUGGGAAUCGUCGAAGGGGCACGCAAGUGAAGAAAGCCUGCAAGAGAAUCCAACAUCCAAACAUGGUAAAGCUUAGGAAGCCACCUUAUUAUAUGUGCUUACCAAUAUACUAGCAUUCAGAUUCACCAUCUCUCUCUCUCUCUCUCCACUUACCCAUGCGCACCCACUUCUCCCACUCUGUAUCUCUACCGCUAAUUAAUUUGCUUCCCUCACAUUCCAAUCUUAGACUUACAGUGGCACGCGGUGCUUGUAGUGUUUGUGGAAAAGGGUAAUUUCCCUUCUUAAUUUUCAAGUCCAUAUGGAGAGGAAGACAUUGCCAAGGUUCAUCAAGAAAUUGCCAGUAGUCUAUCUUAUUUACUGUUUCUCCUCCUUCUUCUUCUUCUUCUUCUUCUUCUCAGGCACCGAUGUGUUCAGCCCUGCAGCCACAUCUCAUGAACUAGAUGCCAGGCGUUCAUGGUCUAAUAGAGCUCAGCAGGAAAUCGAUCAUGACCAAAAGAUAAAAGAUGAAGAGAAUUUCGUGGGGACUACUUUUGCGAGGAGAUCUUUAGGGGGACCGGGAUCUUCACCGCCGCGGUGCACAUCCAAGUGCGACAAGUGUACGCCGUGCAAGCCGGUGCAUGUGCCAGUGCCGCCCGGAACGCCCGUGACGGCAGAGUAUUAUCCCGAAGCAUGGAGGUGCAAAUGUGGCAAUAAGUUAUACAUGCCAUAAUUAAUUGCUCAUGAUAUGUAUAUAUACCCAUAAAUAUAAAAAUUAUUAUCAACG